GUUUCGGUUUCCUUUCCUUUCGUAGAUAUAUACAUAAAGCGGUGACUUCUCUCUGGCGCAGCAGUCAUGGCUAGCUUGGUCGAGGCGUUGUCUAUGUUCGGGCUGGAAGAGGAGCUGACUUGCUCCAUCUGUUUGUGCCUUUUUCAGACGCCGGUCACUACGCCCUGCGGCCACAAUUUUUGCCUGCCAUGCCUGGAGAUGACCUGGAUGGAGUGCGAGGAAAAAUUCAGCUGUCCCCAGUGCAGAGCUUCUUUCGAAACCCGUCCAGAACUGAAGAAAAACACGGUGCUCUGCAAAGUGGUGGAGCAGUUCCAGAUCAGCCAAGAUGGCCUCUCCAAAGGGACGUGUGAGGAGAAACGGGAGAAAGCGGACACCAGCCCGACCAAGCCGAGGCCUCCCUCGCCAGUGCCCUGCGACAACUGCCUGGUGGUCGACGCGGCCAAGACCUGCCUCACCUGCAUGGCCUCCUUCUGCCAGGAACACCUGGGGCCCCACCUGGAGAGCCCAGCGUUUAAGAGCCACCAGUUGGUUCCACCCGUGAGGGAUCUUCAGCAGCAGAAGUGUCAGACCCAUUCCAAGCUCCUGGAGUUCUUCUGCCAGGAGCACCGACUCCCCAUCUGCAGUUUUUGCCUGCUUUCUCACAAGACCUGCUCCACUACCCCACUGAAAGAGGCCAAGGAAGCAAAGGAGUUGCAGCUGAAGAAGAGAUUAACAGAACUCUCUGCCUUGAAUGACAAGACUGCAAAGUCCUUGGAACAAGUACGAACGCAGCAAAAGCAACUCAGUAAUACCACUAGUCGGAAGCUGGAUUUGCUGAAAUCAGAAUUCCUAGAAAUAGUAGCUUUAAUUCAUGAAGAAGAGCAGAAUUCUUGGAAGAAAAUCAAAUCAGAAGAAAAAAGAGCCCUGGAUAAGUUUGAAUUUGUCCAUACAGUCCUGGGUAAGAAGAAGAAUGAAAUCCAGAUGGAAAGAGGUGAAAUUGAAGAGAUCUUGGCAGAGAUGGAUGACAUCACAUUUUUAAAGAGAGCAACAAAACUGCGACAGAUAUCCUUCAGCGAUGUAUUUGUUCCCAAAAUAGAGUUGGAUCAAAACCUGCUAGGCGCUGUUUAUCAGAAAACUUGUAACCUCAAAGAAGUUACAAAACGAUUUUUGAAUAUAACUCAGGAAGAGAAAAAAAAAGUUCCUUUAGGUAAUCCGGGCCCUAUUGUAAUCCCAUUGAAGCCACCCAUGGUGGAAGAGGUAUGCCUAGCAGCUGCAGGAAAAACUAUGAUCCAGUAUUGCUUGGAUGCAGAGCAGAGAGGUCGGCCUGCCAAGCGCUUGGGAAGUCCCAAGCAGAGAUCACAAAGCAGCAGCAAAGCUGAGACAAAGAGUGAAACAACAACUUUAGAUACUUUUUUAACAAAACCAAGAGAGGAGAUUCUGAAAUUUGCUACGCAAUUUACUCUGGAUCGCAACACGGCUCAUAAAAAUAUUGUAUUACUGGAGAAAUAUACCAAGAUGUCUGUCACGGAAACGGUACAGGAUUACAAACAGCACCCUCAGCGAUUUUUAAGCUUCUCCCAAGUGCUUUCUUUCCAGUGUUUCAAGAAUGGAAUCCAUUACUGGGAAGUUGACCUGGAGAAAAACAACUUCUGUGCUGUCGGCAUCUGCUACGGGAGCAUCCCAAGACGGGGCCCGGAAAGCCGCCUAGGACGCAAUAGCAGCUCCUGGUGCAUUGAAUGGGUCAACAAUAAGGUCUCAGCUUGGCACAAUAAUAAAGACACAUCUCUGCCCACCAGCAAAGCAACGAAGAUUGGUGUCCUUCUAAAUUAUGAUGGGGGUUUUGUUAUUUUCUUUGGUGUCACCGAGAAAAAAAUCUUCCCGCUCUAUAAAUUCAAAAUAGAAUUCACGGAAGCUGUCUAUUCUGCAUUCUGGGUGUUUUCUAAUGGAGCCACCAUUUCACUCUGCCAGCUGAAGUCAUAACAGGCUGUGCAGAAUGGCUUUGCCACCCACACAAAGACAUGCACCCACACUAUGCUAUGAUGUUGCUUUUCCACAGGUUUUCCACUUGCAUGAUGUCUACAAAAAUGUUUUAAUGUUAAGCUCUGUGCUUGGUUUUUGAAAAAUUCUUGGGUUAUUUGAUCAAUAUUUCAGUCCACUAACAGAGAGGUCCUUGAUAAAAUCAUUGGGAAAUUUGCCUAGAGGGUUCUUAGUCUUAGUGGACUGAAUCCAUCAGGCUUAAUGUUUGCCUCAUACCUCUGAGGUCUAAGCCAUAAUGGGAUAUGGGUGUAUAAAGUCUUCUUGGAACAGAGGCUGCCUUCAUUUCAUCUCCUGUUCUACUUUAGAAUAAGAAAUGCAGAAAAUGAAACUCAUCCAUUUUCAGGGACCCAGCUGUUAACUUCUUCACAGGCUGCACUGUUCACAGCUUUGAUUAGCUUCUCUUUCAUGUGGGCACUCUUCGCUUCCCAUGGGGUGAAAAUUUCAGGGGUGUUCUCUUAAUCUGCAUAGAAUUUGCUAUCAGAUUUGGCCAUAUGAACAGUAACCUCCGAAGGUCUUGUUUUUCAGAUGACUGAAAACAAAGCUGUGCUGGGAGGUGAUGAGUAUUUUUCAUUCUUCUACUAAAACACUAUGGAGAGAAGGGACAAAGUGGUACUUUGGUAGUACUGCUUGGAGGAAAACUGAUAAUAAAAAGACAGUAUUUUCAUUCCUGGAGCUCCUUUUUUAAGCCCAUGUUCCAUGGAUUUCUUUUCCUCCCUACCCUCUUUUCAGAUGCUCUGAAUAUGUUGGAAAAGCCAUUUUGUGCCAUCUGAUAAAUCCCUGUUUGCUUAACCUAGUUCUUCAGAAUUAUAUGUACUUAAACUAUGUACUUAAUUAUAUGUUCCUCAAUAGCUGUCCCAAUAGCUUUGAACAGUGUUCCUCAAGCAAGUUAGGCCCUGAAUAUUCUUGGCCAUGCUUGCCAGAAGGAAGUGGUUUUUUAAAAAAAAAUCAUCUGCUUAACCCAUGUUGAAAGUUGUUCUUUGAUUAUGGUUGACUAAGAUGAUGAGGUUCCUGUUCUUGUUUCUUGAAGGGCUACGUACCUUCACAGUGAUGUUCUAGUCUAGUGGAAGAUUAGGUAUAACAUCUGCAUCUAAUCUUUUAGAUUUUGUUCCGCUUGCUACUGCUUGUGGUAAUUAGAUUACUCUAAUUUCCUGCAUGCUGUUCACUGAGCAUAGCCUUUGAUCACAUUUGGCGGCGGUACCAAGGAUUGAAGAUCAUUUAAAGGACUUCCAUUAAGUGUGCAAAACCAUUCAGGGUGCCAUCUUUAAUUUCUGUCUGCAAGCUUCCCAGCUGGUAUUUCAGCUUCAGUAUGUCUUCUGUUUGCUUUUUAAAAAAAUAAGCAGUAGACUGGGAAGAUCCACAGAAAUUGGAAGUGAAAUGUUUUAGGAAACCCAGUUUUAGGCUUCUGAUAGUUUUCAUCCUGGGGCAGGGGAGACACCUAAUGGUACAUGGUUAUGACAAUUGUACAUCUAAGCCAUUGAGUACUUUGCUAUGCUUCCUCAUUCAUUAUAGGUAUUCUAAUUGGCAUUAGAAGAAUCUAUAACACAAAUGUAGUGGCUUAUGGAGCUGUCAGCUUUCAGAAGUAUUUCUGCUAGAAAGUGAAAAGAAGUAUCCUUAUGACAGACAUAAAUAAACUACAUUUUUGGCAAAUCUAGAUUUCUGCAGGACAUAAUUUGAGAUAAAAGGGAAAUCUGACUAAAGCAUUUUGAUUCAGUUGUAGUUUUAUGAUCAAGUAAAGGGCCCAGUUUCAGGACACUACUUGUUUUCUAAGUGUGUCUUUUAUGGCACAUUGCUGGAUUUUGAGAAAUGUUUUUAAAAGUUGAAUUACAGAGGCAUUAGGAAAAAGAUGCUCUGGAAGUUACUGAAUUGGAAUGGACGACUGCAAAAAAAUAAAAUGAGCAUUAUCCAUUCCUUAAGGUAACACGGGGGAAAAGGCUUAAGUAGGUAAUACAAGGUAUGAAGUUAAAAAUAAGAACGGAACAGUUCCAUGAAGGAAAGACAAUCUAUGUUGAGAUCAUGGCUGCAUGAAGGUGAGAAAAAUUGGCAUGAGAACCUGUGGUUUCUUCUGCAGUGUAACACGUUUCUUGAAGGGUGUGUGUGUACUAGGAUUGUCCCUCUGAGUCUUGUAUAGUUGAUGUUUCUCUUCAUGAAAAUGAGCUUCCUGGUUUUUGCAUUGUUCUUGAGAGCGUGUGCUCCCAUAGGAAGCAUCAGUGAAGCAUUCUUUCAACAAAUCACACUUAAAUUUAGACAUGUAUUUGUAAUUUUUUUAACAAACCCACAAAUCCUAAGGCAGAAUGUAUCCAACUACUUGUUAUCCAAAUAUUAUGUGGAUAGCAUUCUUGGUGGUAUCUUUGCUGGUAUCUAAAUGUCUUUAGGUUGUGGUUACAGUAGGUGACUCUAAUACUGAAGUCUUAAUGAUUAUAUUGGAAUCACCUAAUGAUCUUGAACUAUCUCUGAGAUUCUUUAAGAAUCUCUUUACAUAGUUUAUUUUUCAUUUAAAAUGUUUAUCCAGGCACAAUAUUGUCCUUUGGCUAAAAGUUGAUUCUUAGCCUUUGAUUCUUAUAUUACAAACCAGGUUUCUUUCAGAUCAGCCUCAAAUAAGGUUUUAUCUUAAAGCAAGUCAGCUCUUGGGAUAAUGUCAGUGGGUAGGAUCGAAGCCUCGGGAAGCAUAUGAUUUUCCCCUGGUUUUAACAAAAGAUAGCCAAAUUGCAUGUUUUCACUUUAAAAUUGUGUGUCAUUUGGUUCUAUAUCUCCAGUGGUCAUAUUUGCAUUAUUACAUCAUUAACUCUUGUAAUGUAGCCUGUGGCUUAAUAUUUUUUGCUCAGCUUUUCAGAGAUACAGGAGCAAUAUUAUGAACAAUUACAAUUAUGAGCACUACAAAACUUUGGGGAAAUGCUUUCUAUGAGACCUUUGCAGAAAUGUUCAGCUUGCUACAUUAUGGUGUGUUAUCUUGACAGUAACAUAUACAGCUUGUGUUUUUAUUUUAAAUUGUAAGGAAAAAAACUUCUGUAGUUUGCAUUAACAAAUAGUGGCCUCAAAAUUUCAAGAUAGUGAAGCUGUUUAUGAUUUCUGCUAAAGUCUUUACCUUGCUUCAUUAAGAAUCAGCCUGUUGUCUCCCUAACUAUAAAAAUAUAAUGUGAUGAACCUCAUUGCCCUGUCUUUCAAUGAAUCUGUACUUUUUAAAUUAAAAUCAAUAAAGUUUAUCAUGGUU